AUGAUGCGGAGGGCCCCCGAGUGGUUCACGCGUGGGCGUGCGCGGGAGCGGUUUCAUCAACUGUGGCCGUGGGUACUGAGCAGUACCUGCGCUGCCAUGUACUUCUGCAACCGGGAGCCGUUUGACGAGAUGGCCGGCACGGUGGUGUCAAGGGUGCGGAGGCCGCUGCUGAAAACUAUGGAGUGGAUUGAGCUGCACGACGUUGACCCCGAGACGAUGGCCCUAGAGCUUCCGCCCGACAUGAUAUUUGGCCCACUUGAGUUCCCGAAGCAAAUGCGUUUCCUGCUUGCGGCGCUACGAGCCGACAACGAGCUGGCCGACGGCUACCUGGCGCGUGUGUUGGUGGACCACAUGGAUCUAUCGCUUGACGUACCCAACUUGCCGGAGGCGGAGCUUCUGGAGGCCGGCGGGAAAGACCUCCUCAACUUCGCCAUCGACGACUUUCUUGGCGAGGGGACGCGCAAGAUGCGCAAACAUGUCUUUUUCCAACCGGACGAGUUUCUGCGCCUCAUCAACUUUCUCUCCGCGUAUCCAACGCUUAACGAGUACUUUGUGAACCAGCGAAAUGGCGUGGAAUUGGUUUUUCGAGCACUUAGCCAUAGUCGUGAUGAAUACGCUCGUGUCUUGGCACUUAGGUCCAUCUGUCUGUUUUGUUUUACCCAACGCCACGAUGGAGAUGUGGAGCGCCGCAUUUUGCAGGCGAACGGUGUGAAGCAGAUUGUGGAGGCGUACAAACAAAGCACCGGGGACCCAACUGAUACGCGCUACAUCACCCUUGUGCUCUCGUCCAUUAUGCGGCAUUACCCAAAGGAAGGGGGAAAGGAGUUCAUUGACGCCGACGGUGUACAGGCCGCAGUAAAUAAUUUGAAUAUUUCUCGCUAUAAAGGACUUCCACAGCAUAUUCGUAUUUUGCAUGAUGCGCAGCGGCUUCCGCCUGCGGCGUUAGGUAAACAGACGACAAAUGCUCUUAUCGAGGACGCCGAUUUUAUUCCCGUCGCCAUGGGCGUAUUGGAUGUCUUUCCAGAGUUUUAUGAAACCGCUGGCGAAAUUCUUAGUUUGUUGGAAGACAUUGUUCCAUCGCAAACGACACCAUUUACCUUGCUGGAAUACCGUGCGAUGCCGAUUCUCUCCAAGUUCUUCGUGCACUGGAAGGAUGACAACGGGUUCCAGACUGACGGGACACGUACGCAGUUGGUGCGCUUGUUUAAGAUGCUGCUGAAUGAUAAGACCUGUCAGCGGUGCUACGACGCGAGUGUCGCGUCGUACGAACUGCAGGAGUGCCUGCGCACGGCACAGGAGGCUAUCCGGGAGGAGGAGGAAGGGGUAGGACGCGAGCCCCAGCGCGCCGUGGCUUGA